AUGUCGUAUUAUUUCCAGCCUCCCCUCGUUGGCCUCCCUGCAUACUUCUACCCGGCCACCCCCCUCUACUACCAACUCGCGCCUGUCCUCUUGCCUCUACCCCGUACCACCAUUGUUCCUUGCAUCAGGAUCAAGGUAAUCUUCCACAGAGCCGGAAUAGUCCUUGGAUCGAACGACGCUGUUUACCAUACUCCCCCAUCUCGAGAGACACUGCUAGGAAACCUUGCCUGGUGGUCCAAGAAUCAUGGCCUAGGAGAUAGAGUAUACUCAGGACAAGCAACUAUUUAUCUAACAAGUAGUUUGCUGUCCACUCUAUCGAUCCUGCCCGAGACUGGAGUUGUGAGACCUUCGAAUACUGUAAAGACAGUUUCGCUUGCAGAACAACAUUCGGUCUGGCAAUUUGAGACCAUGAUGUCCGAGAUAGGGACAAGGAACCUUGGGGCAUUUAUUGUUGUGGAUGUAGGAGCCUUUGAUCAGUUUCACGGGGCUACAAGCCAGAACAACAUCGCGCAGCAACAGAAUCCUCGAACGACAAUCCAGCAAAUUGACCAAGGUGCUCCAUCGGAUGAUGAACCCACAGAUGCCGCACCUACAAAUGGCGCACCCACAGAUGAUGCAGCCCCAGGAGAUGGCCAACCACCGCAAGAUCAGAAUGAUGGGCAGACACAGCAGGGCAAUGAUGAGCCGGAGCCAAGUCAAGGGGGAACUGCAAACGGUUGA